UCGACCAGCAGCAAACACAGACAUCAUGGCCGCGGCUCAAGACCCCUCCGUGCCGUACUGGGUCUCCCAGCUCGACUUCCCUCCCAUAGCAAAGUCCAAGCUCAACGGCAUCAUCGACCCCCCCGGCUUCUCUACAGCACCCAGCAGCGCCCCCAAGAAAGGCAAAGACGUCAAGACUCAGCCCCGAAAACCCCCCUCCGCCGAAGAGAGAGACACGCUCAAGGUCAAAAAGGCCUGGGAGGUCGCCCUCGCCCCCGUCAAGGGCCUCCCCAUGACCGCCAUCAUGAUGUACAUGUCCGGCAACUCGCUGCAAAUCUUCAGCAUCAUGAUGGUCUUCAUGGCCUUCAAGAACCCCAUCGUCGGCCUGAUGAGCACGAACCAGGCCUUUGAGCGCUUCCAGACCGACAGCAACUCUGGCCAGAUCCUGCAGACGAAGCUGGUGUACGUGGCAAUGCAGUUUUUGGCGCUGGCGGUGGGCGUGUGGAAGAUUAACUCGAUGGGUUUGUUACCCACGACACGUUCCGACUGGAUGAUGUGGGAAUCUCUGAGAGAGCCUGUAGAGCACGCAAUCCUGGCUUUGUGAAUUAAUGAAAUUAUCUAGAAAUUAAUACUUGUAGUACGAUAAUGACGACUUGAUGAGCAUCAUGUGCUGUGGACGGAUCUACUGUCCGGUAAAAAACGCCGCUGCUAUGCAGUUCUACAAGCGAUAUAACGCUAUGCUUCUCAAGCAGAUGUAUGUAGAGUAUGAAAAGGGAGGAAAAAACAAAAAAAGAAAAGAAAAUGAAAAAAAAAA